AAUUCGUCACCACAUGCAUUCCACUUUCCGCUACAAACUCGACUUUAGACCCCAAAUUUUACCACAUCUACAAGAAAAGCAUAGUCCACCUCCCAUAAAUUUCAAACUCUCUCUAUCUCUCUCUAUGCGGCCAAAAUCAAAAUCUUGACAAGCUACAUAACAAACAAACUUCCAUGGAACUCCUCCGUAUAAUAUAGACAAGCUAUAGGUGGAUCGAAACCUACCAAUAACCGAUCCACACAACACACCUCCACAGUCCCUCACCAUAAAGUUCGCUAUACCUAUCUAUUUUCCUUGUUUUCCCAACCAUAAACAAUCACCGUUUCCGUGUAUCUUUCCCUCAAAUCGAGAUAAACCCAUGAGAAUUUCAAUCUGCAGAAGUUCUUCCUUGAUAACUUUUUAAUUUUCUUGUCGCUUCUAUCGUAGUUUCAAGUGUUUGAGAGAGUUGAAGAUGAGAACAGGAGGUUACACUCUGCAACAAGGUUUAACUGCAGACGCAGCGAGAGUAGUGAACCAAGCCGUAACCCUUGCCAGGUGCCGCGGCCAUGCCCAAGUGACUCCCCUCCAUGUGGCAAACACCAUGCUUGCAGCUUCCGCUGGCCUGUUUCGAACGGCUUGUCUUCAAUCCCACUCUCACCCCCUCCAGUGCAAAGCCCUAGAGCUCUGCUUCAACGUUGCGCUUAACCGCCUUCCAGCAUCCAGUGCUAGCCCCAUGUUGGGCACCAAUUCCCAACAUCCUUCCAUCUCCAACGCCUUGGUUGCCGCAUUCAAACGCGCGCAGGCUCAUCAACGACGUGGGUCCAUUGAGAAUCAGCAGCAACCCCUCUUAGCAGUAAAAAUAGAAUUAGAGCAACUCAUAAUAUCCAUCUUAGAUGAUCCUAGUGUCAGUAGAGUCAUGAGAGAGGCCGGGUUCUCUAGCACCCAGGUGAAAAGUAAUGUAGAACAAGCUGUGUCGUUAGAAAUAUGUUCUCAAACUCCUUCUCUAAGUAGCAAGUCUAAGGAAAGUAAUCAAUUAGUCCUCCUCCAGUCUCAACCAGUCGGUCAUAGUGGAACAAAAAUAGACAAACCAGCGGUAUCAGAUCUAAUUAAGAAUGAAGACGUUAAAAGUGUCAUAGAUCAUUUGAUGAACAAAACAAGGAAAAGCACUGUGAUUGUAGGAGAGUGUCUUGAUAAUCUUGAGAACACCGUUAGAGGAGUGAUGAACAAGGUUGACAAGGGAAAUGUUCCUGAAGCUUUGAGAAAGGUAAAUUUUAUUCAAGUUACUCUCUCCUCUUUUGGACAUCGCUCUAGAGUAGAUGUCGAACAGAAACUUGGAGAGCUCAAGAGUGUUGUGAAGAGCCGUUUGAACAAAGGGGUUGUUUUAUAUUUGGGAGACCUUAAUUGGGUUACUGAUUAUAGGGCUUGUUCGACUGAACAAGGGAGGGGUUAUUAUUGUCCUGUGGAACACAUGGUCGUGGAACUUGGAAAAUUGAUUUCUGGGAUUGGAGAACCUGGGAGUUUUUGGCUCAUGGGAAUCGCCACUUUCCAAACUUAUAUGAAAUGUAAAUCAUCAGGUCAUCCAUCACUGGAGGCUGUUUGGGGUCUUCACCCUCUUACAAUCCCUGCAGCCAGCUUGCGCUUGAGUCUGAUCACCGCUGACAGUAUCGACCUACAAAGUCAGUCCACAAACAAGAAAGCUGAAAAUGGAAAUAGCUCGCUACUGCUUGAAGGUGGGCAGGAGCAGCAGCCGCACCUUGCCUGCUGCACCGAAUGCUCAGCAAAGUUUGACAUGGAAGCUCAAAGCUUGCAAAGCAGUACUUGGAACAGUGUCUCCACUACUUCAAGCCAGCUUCCUGCAUGGCUCCGACAGUAUAAAAAUGAGAGCCAAGGAUUUAUCUCUAAUGACCAGAACUAUGUCCCAGUCAGAGAUCACCUUUGCAAAAAGUGGAACUCAAUUUGCAGUUCAAUCCAUAAACAGCCCCAUUCUUCUGAAAAGACCCGCACAUUCUCCUCUUUGUCACCUUCUUCAUCCACUUCAUGUUUUUCACAUGACCGUCCGUACCCUAAUUUGCACCAGAUUAUCCACCAUGAGUGGCCGGUGGCUGAACCCAAAAAGUCGUGGAGGCACCACCAAAUAUGGAUUUCUGAAGAUUCUAACGUGACUGUUGAGCCAAGAUUAAUAAUGGGCAUUCCAGAGAACGGGGAUUCCAAACAGCCGUUUUCAUCAAAUCCUAAUUCAACCCCUAAUUCACCUUCUUCCAGUGAGGUCAUGGAGACGGAGUACAGCCACAGGUUCAAGGAGCUCAGUGCGGCAAACAUGAAGACCCUAUGCAGUGCAUUGGAGAAGAAGGUUCCCUGGCAGAAAGAUAUAAUCCCUGACAUUGCAAACACGAUCUUACAAUGCAGGUCCGGCAUGGCAAGAAGAAAAGGGAUGGCGAGAAACAAUGACGUCAAAGAGGAAACCUGGUUGUUCUUUCAAGGUGCAGAUACGGAAGCCAAAGAAAAGAUUGCUGGGGAAUUGGCUAAGCUUAUUUUUGGCUCUCAGAGAUGCCUCAUUUCGAUUGCAAUGAGCACCUUUUCAUCCACAAGAGCAGAUUCUACCGAGGAUUGCAAGAACAAAAGAUCCAGAGAGGAACAAAGUUGCAGUUAUAUCGAGAGGUUCGCCGAGGCAGUUUCCACCAAUCCUCAUAUGGUCUUCUUAGUCGAAGACGUGGAACAAGCAGAUUAUUUCUCUCAAAUGGGUUUUAAGAGAGCUAUCGAAAGAGGAAGAAUUUCCAAUUGCGAUGGUGAGGAAGUUGACCUUAGCGAUGCUAUCAUCAUUUUAAGCUGUGAAAGCUUCAGCUCAAGAUCCAGAGCCUGCUCUCCUCCUAUCAAGCAAAAAUCAGAAGGGUCUGAAGAUCAGAAGGGCGCUGCACUGGAGGAGAUAAGCCCUUGCGUGUCUCUGGAUUUGAAUAUUUCCAUUAAUGACGAUUGCGCUGCUGAUCAGUCAAUCGACGAAAUUGGGCUUCUCGAGACCGUUGAUAAACGCUUUUUUUUCAAAAUCCAGGAGUUAUGAAAAAAAUGAUUUGUAAAGGAAAAAAUCUGGAGGAGCAUUUCAUAUCGGGUAGUCAUGAGGUUUCUUCUUCUAUCUUCAUUUUUUUUUUCCCUUAGUUUUACGUCUUUAGAUUGUCAGAGAAAAUUUCCUAGUGUUGGAAACUAUGUAAAAUCACUACAUGUAUAUUAAUACAAUAUCUAUGAACUUUGUCUGAUACUGAUGGUGGAUUUCCAUUAUCAUUUUGUUCC